UUUGACACAAUGUGUCCCUUACCUUGGUGCAUAAAUUUCACAUCGACAGGCUUUUCGUGCAUUGGGGGGGGCGCUUCUUCACACGCGAUAUCGGCGGUUCGCGGAUGGUGGUUGUGCAUAUCCUUCCGAUCCGUCCUCGACCACACACACACACACACAGCUCUCUGGUCCGCAGGUUUUCACGCAGUCAGCCAAGUGCCGGGUCCGGGUUCAGUCGUGCGUCGGGCAUCGAGUGCACCGCGGGCAAAAGGUGACACAUUGGCCAAGCUGAGUUCGGCCGGGCAGGACCUGUUGGAUGCGUUGGCACGGUUCACCUACUUCGAUCGCUGGUCGGACGAGCAGCGGCGGGACUGCUGCCACCGGGCACAGAUCCGUCAGUUCGAACCGGACCAGACGGUGUUUGUUGAGGGGCAGGCACCCGUCAACUACGCACACUUCAUGCUGAGCGGCGAGUGUGGGUUGCUGCAGUGUCUGAAGCUGCAUUGGCGCCGCGAUCGGCGCACGGGUGCGAAGCGUUACCGGCUGUCCCGGGCCCAACCGACGGAGGAUGAAAUUACGCGGUUCUAUCGACGCCGCCGGCAGCAGACGAUGGAUGCAUCCGGGACGGAGGAACACGUUGAUGUCGCAAGGUAUUUGGGAUGA